AUGGAGGCGGAGGGGGGGACGCCCGAGGGGACGGUGCGAAACCUUUUGACGCAGAAGAGCCUGAAGUGGGUAUUCGUCGGGGGAAAGGGGGGAGUGGGAAAGACGACGUGCAGUUCGAUCUUGUCGAUCCUGCUGGCAACCGAGCGGCAGUCUGUUCUCAUCAUAUCCACUGACCCUGCUCACAACCUGAGCGACGCCUUCCAGCAGCGGUUCACUAAGAUCCCCACUCUUGUCAAUGGCUUUACCAACCUCUACGCUAUGGUAAACUAGCCGGUGAACGAUGCGGACUGCCGGUAGAAAUCAAAAUCGGACAUAAUCACCGGCUUUCCACGAUUUCUUCAUGAAUUUCGUGUUUAUCGCCCGAUCUCUUCUCGCUUCUAUCUCCUGGACCGCAUUUAUUAUUAUCUUUUGGUUUUUGACCCUUUAUCACUGACUUCGAAUUCAUUGGUUGGGUUAUAUUUAUGGGUUUUUCCUCCAUCUCCCAGCACGUAUGUCAGCAUUUGGCGCCAUUCACUGGAUCAGGGGAGAUCAAAUAACAUCUGUUCGUAGGGUUAUUAAAUAGACUCGUGAAAAAUAAUCAUUAGAUGGUCCAGGAAUCAUGACACUACAUCAGACAUUAUUCGCUUUUGCACCUUACUUCGUUGGAAGCCCCUACGAUGUAUAGGUUCAUUCGGUGCUACACAUUUAUUUAUUUAUUUUUCUAUCAUAAAACUUGCACUUAAAAUUUUUUUGAGGGAACAGAGCACCGCCGUGCCGUAUCUAGGUUAAUUAAUACAAUAUGGUCACGCCUAAAAACGUGACGGUUUGUAAAACCUCUUUCGGCUCUCCAGCGUCUCAAAUGGGCUUUGAGGCCAUAUCUUGGUUCAGAAAAUGGGAGCUUUUCAGCUUUAUUGAAAUAAUCAAGAGAAUCACUUGAUUCCGAUGCAUUGUUACAUCUGUUGGCAUAUAUGGCUUUUCCCAUUAGGGAUUGGUCCCCCAGCAUUUAAGCAUCAAUUAUACAUGAUAUGAAUGGGUCUUAAGGGAUAUCACCAAACUAGGAAUAUUAGUUAAAAUCUUCCACUCCAACACCAACUCGGCCAUAGAUUUUGUGAUUUUUACAAUAGGUUAAACAGAGGCUUUGAUAUUAUUCCUAUUCCUAGUUCAUCUGGAUGAUAAGGAUGCUGGGAUUGCAGGGGUGUUUUUUCUUUCAUGUAUUGUGUGCCCUUUAAAAGCUAAUUUAUUACUGUUUGAAUUACUUCUUUCUUGCAUUCCUUUUAACUUCAAUACACCCAUACCCAGAAAAGUUCCUGUGUUAUCAUUUCUAUUUAUCUACCUUAUGCCUAUCAUUUUUUCUUCUGAUCUGCCCGCCUGUGAUCACUUGGUAUGAAAAUCCUGCUUCCCUCAUGUAAGAGUCCUCUUCAGUUUGACAAUUCACUUCCAUGCAGGAAGUAGACCCCAAGGUUGAGAGUGAUGAGCUGCCAAAUAUAGAAGGGAUGGAUAGCUUUCUUUCUGAGCUGACAAAUGCAAUUCCUGGGAUUGAUGAGGCUAUGAGUUUUGCUGAGAUGCUAAAGUGAGUAUUUUUCAUCAUUGUAUUUUAUUUGGGAGUUACUAUUCUUCCCUCUCUAUUUUUUGGUUCCACUGGACAUGUUAUAGUGGGAUGCUUUACCUAUGGAACUCUUUUUCCUGCGAUAGUAAAAAUCAAACAACUGAUAUAUUUUUCUUGCUUGAGUUUAUUGCUUUAUCGUCCCAAGUCUAUUGUAACCUUGAGAAAAUGGGGCAUUGUUGUUUUUUUUUUCUAUCGUUCUUUCUUUAAUUCCUUUCUGGUGAUCUGGCCAUCUAGGUAAAGAAUUAGUAAUGAUCAGUCAUGGAAGAGGAAGAAGCAUGAUUGAGUUGAAAAAGAAAGACAAGAAGAUACGUAAAAAAAAUUCAUAAUGCAUAUUAUAAAAUGCUACCAUUUGACAAAAGGUCUUAUCCCUAAAGUGAGUUCACUAAACUCCCCUGUCCAACUUAGUUGUCACAUGGACGGGAAAUAUCAUGUGAAUGUGUUUGCUUUCGUUUUGAGUUACGUUGAAAUGUAUUAAAUUAUGUUUUGUUUCUUUAUUGUUGUGCUUACCUAUGACCAGCUAAUAAUUUCUUCCCUGUACCUAGCUGUAGAAAUUUAGAACUUACAGAGUCUUGAAGUCAUAAUGUUAUUAGGCUCCUUGGCCUUUCGGGCACUAAUGAAACUUUUGGGCAUCCUUCUCAACACAUGGCAAUGUCGGAUACAUGUAAAUCGUAUUGACUUAUGCUUUUAGUGUUUGAAUUCAAAUGGCUUCCAUGUAAUCCGACUAUAAAAUAUUGUCAAAACAUAGGAGAGUUAUGAACAAAUUGUCUAGCUUUUUUAUGAAAAUCUUCUACUCCCUUGACUUAUCUCGGGCAUGAUUUAAAUAAUCCCAUGUUGUCGUAUCCCCUUUCAUGAGGUCAUAUUCUACUGCGAAAUAUUUGGUCUGCCAUAUGUUCACACCAACACGAAGCACUCAUUGUUGUUCUAUCAAGGAUUAAAAAAACUUGUUGUCAGACUUUAUCGAGUGAAAGUCGUGCUGGCCACUGUACUUAUGACAGUUCUGGGGAAAUUUUGGAUAAUCGGACUAUAUUUGCACGAGCAUACUUAAAUCGAGUGCCAGCAGAUGGCAUGAUCUCGCUGCCUUUGAUAUGAACUAUUUGCAAAGACUGGGAACUGUUUGAUGUGUGGUCCCUUGGUACAUGAGCAUAAAACCUGGGUAAAAUUUGCCAUCUGGUUUCAUGGGCUGUCUAUCUUUGUAGAUAACACUUGUAGUUCGUGAAAGAAAGUGGAAUAUCCUUUGAAGUGUUUUGUCCUUGCAUUAGGAUUCUUACUAGAGAUCAAGCAGAAGCAACUUCAGAAAACAAGCCUUCAACUCUGCCCUUUAGAAUAGUUGAUGAGACAUGGACGUGUUGUCUUUCACAGUAUCCAUUCGAAGGCAAUUAUGGCAAAUUAUGGUGGCUUAUUUUGCAUGCAACCCUUUGGACAAUCUAGAACGAGAGGGACAACCAAAUAAUUAAAGGUCAGAGUUUCCCUGAGAGGCGGUGUUCUAUAUUAUCUGUGAUAAAAUGAAAGUGUGAUCUCUGAUCUUUUUUAGAAAGGGAAAAGUGUGCUUAUUGAUUCUGUCAGUUUAAAAUCCCAUCGUCUUUCUGUAGACUGUAGAGUUGUUAUUUAUGGUUUCUUGUGGCUAUGCCUCAAUGAUCCCUUUAGUGCAGUUCUGUCUAAAUCAUCUUGUCAUGGUUCUUGUGAGUGUUGUUUCACGUCUUGCCUAAUCGCAUUGUUAAAUCCUUUUAGUCGAAAUCUAUGGUUUUUACGAGAAACUUUCAUCCUUGACACAUACUGUGGUUUUUCCACUUUCUGAAACUCAAAAACUUGCGCUAAUCUUCACUGUCUAUUAGAUUGGGUUACAAUCUUCACUGUAUUAGAUUUUUUGCUCUGCACAUAUCAUCGUGUGAUUAUUUGGGGCAUAUUUAUACAUAUCGAUUUCAUACCUUUAAAAUUUGCGCUGCAUAAAGCUAGAUAACCUGGUUAUUAUUUAUUUCACUUUGAAAGCCUAUAUUGUUUUUAAAAGCAAAUCUUCAUUUACUGCAGAUUAGUUCAGACAAUGGAUUAUUCAGUUAUAGUAUUUGAUACAGCACCAACUGGCCAUACAUUACGACUAUUACAGUUUCCAUCCACGUUGGAGAAGGGACUAUCAAAAUUUAUGGCCUUGAAAAGUAGAUUUGGUGGGUUAUUCAGUCAGGUAUAUCCUACGGUUUAUGUAGCUCUUACAAAAAAAUUAGUGAAAUUUCUGGUACAAGCUCAUAGACUGACGUCUCAAAAGUAAAGAGCAUGUAUCACACUUUUUUCGAGGAUGUACUACACUUUUUUCGUCUAUUUUUUUUGUCUACUGGGUGUAAAAUAGCAGUUGAUGAUCAUGUCAAAUAGAUUGACCAUAAAAUAUGAAUUGGCUUUCUCACAUUGACUGUUACAUAAUUUGCCUUAAGGAACCAUUUCAAAAUUCUGCUUUUGUAAUGUUAUAGUUACAAACACUAGUUGCAUGGUGCUUAUUUGGUUUGGUUUACUCUAGCUUUCGUUUAUCACUGUUUUCUUCAGGGUACUACCUCAGAGAGAGUGAGGGAAAGAGAACAUAGCAUGUAUAUACCGUGCAUAUCACGGAUGUGGUGUAGUCCCCAGCUGCAAAUUUGUGGCCACCAUAUUGCAGAGCCAGCUUUCAUGUGCUUCAGAUAAGACAUGGUGCUUCAGCUUCCAUUCAACUGACUGUUAAGCAUGUUCUGUGUAGGAGCUCUCAAACUGUAUAUUGGGUGUUUCCCAUCAAGCUGUCUUUUGUUAUAGAGAACAGAAAAUUCUGGUCUCAUCAAUGCACAGGGUAGGAAAAUCCUGAGGGAAAAAAAGGGUUAUGGAUGACUAGACCCAACUUUGACCCACAGAUUCAAUUACUGUAGUUAGUCUACCGAGUGUCAUAAAAGACCAGGACCUCCAACAAGCUGUCGUAACAAUUGCAUCAGGGACAGUAUCAGAUCAGGUGUCCAUAGCCAAAACUUAUAUAUAGCUUUAACUGUACUAGAUCGACGCAGAGAGUUGCAUGUUGGUGUAGAGAACAAAAGUUCAUGGUUGUUGAUUCACCUAGUCCAGAUAGUAUGAGUCGUGUUUGUUUUUGACUAUUUUGCGAUCCUCAUCCUGUAUGUUCAAAUCUGAUAGCAGAUAUUUUAGAUUACAGUGACUAUUGAAUAAUUCAUUUUAAUAUAUGGCUCAAGCAGAUUUUGCUGGAAUGGGUUGAUCACACUGCACAGUCCUGUCAAAUUUCAUGUCAAUCUAAGAACAGCAAAGAGGAAAAGCCUCACCAACACAUCUGUUACUUCUUUUUCUUCUUCCGUAGUCGUCCUCUUCAUCUACCUUUGCCACCUCCAUCUCAUGCCAUCAGCCUCAACUGUCAUCGUCUCCUGCUUCCAGAGUAUCAACACAGACGCUGUCAAGCCUGAAAUCAGGAUCUUCGAUGGUCAAGGGAAACUGUGAAAAGAAGUAUCCUUGAAUGAAAUCUAUAGAUGUCGUUAGAAAAUAUAACGGUUUGCUAUAAAAAAUUAAGGACGACAGUGAGACCUUUGCUGACUCAGUGGAAUCUGAUUGAGUCGGACCACACGUCUCAAGAAAGCAAUAAUUUGAUAUGCCCAUUGAUGUAAUUCCUGGAUAACAUUUUCAGGAUUUUUCUGAUCCUAGGACACAAUUCACCCAAUGCUAUGCCAAUCCUACCCCAUUGAAGUAGAGAAGAUUUGUUACCUCUGCCACUGCCUACUAUUUUUCCUUCUCGUUCUCUAUCCACCUCAUCUGCUUCAUGGCUCCUCCAAAAUCUUCACACUGCUGCCAAGUGCUCAAAAUUAGGCAUUUAUGUUAUGCAGUGUCCCAGUCUGUCUCGGAGAUUACAAUAGAGUGACCUGUGUUUAGUCAAUUGCGUGUCCUUCUCACUAGCAGUGUUUGGUUUAGAAUUCCAAGCUCUAAAUACUGCUGUAACUUUAGCAGAUCUGGCACUAUCAAGAGAAUCGUAGCUUGGUUUUCUGUUUAGGAACGGGUAAAAACGCUUUGUCAAAUUGAUCCUCUUGUUCACUCUCUACAAAAUUUCCCUUUCUUCCUGUGGAACUGAACACGCGAGGCAUUGUCUGCCCUAUAAUGUAUUCCACGUUAUCGAAUACUAAAAAACCUUGUGGCUGCCACCAAUAAAUUGUUGCUUUUAUUCUUCUCAUCUUAUUUUAAAACAAUUUCAGGAAUUUGAUUUAUUUUUGUUCCCAGGUAACUACUUUCACUACACGCUGUAACUUCGAUUCCCGUAUUCAUGCCACCUUAGUUUUAUGGUUGAGCUCUGUUUUCUGACUCUUCGAACUUGGUUUGUGGCAGGUUACUCGUAUGCUUGGUUUUGAAGAUGAACUGAGUGAUGAUGCCCUUGCGAGCAAGCUUGAGGGGAUGAAAGAUGUGAUUGAGCAAGUGAAUAGGCAGUUCAGAGAUCCAGUGAGUUUUCUGGCAUCCUGAAGUCUUUUUCGUCUGACACCGAAACUAAGAAUGCGCUCUCUGAGCUCUUUUUUUCAUACCCUAUUAAAUUAUUUAUUUUCAAGAUCACCCACCAGAAGAUCUUUCGACAUAGAGCGACACACAUAGUUGUCUUUCUUUUUCUUUUUCAAAUGCCCUUUAGACUUUUCUAUGCUGCUUAUUUUUUUCCGUCAAAAGCAAGCCUUCAAGGGUAGUAUUGGUCACCGCUAGUCAAGUCAUGGGUACAGCUAAACAGAGAUAGCCAUAUCCAGCCACACAUGGGUGAGAGAGUCAACGAGACCAAUGAACUUCCUGUAUCUUCCUGUAUCUUGUUGUUUCUGGAUAAAAACAGUCUUGUCGAUCGAAACACAGGGUUGACUUUUUGCCAAAGUAAUUUGUCCUCGCGCAUUUUAUUGCCUGAUUCGGCAAGAACUAACACGUCCCCCAUAUCGCGCUGUCUUCCCAUGCCAGGAUCUGACAACCUUCGUUUGUGUGUGCAUUCCUGAGUUCCUCUCCCUCUACGAGACGGAGAGACUAGUCCAAGAGCUUGCGAAGUUCGAGAUCGACGCCCACAACAUCAUCAUCAACCAAGUUCUCUACGAUGACGAAGGUGAACGGGAACCAGAAACCAGAACUCCGUUUGAUAGCUUUUUUCUUUGCCUCUUUUGCUUACAUAUUUCUUCCUGCACUCUUCACAUCUUUGAAGCCAUCCAAUCGAAGCUGUUGAAAGCCCGGAUGCGGAUGCAACAGAAAUACAUUGAUCAGUUCUACGUGUUAUACGAUGACUUCAACAUAACGCAGCUGCCCUUGCUUCCGGAGGAGGUAUCAGGCUGAUCUUCCUCCUCCCAUUGAUCCCCCCUGCGCGCCCCCCCCCCCUUUUUCUUAUUGGACGGUCUGCCUCCGCAGGUCUGCGGUGUUGAAGCCCUGAAGAGCUUCUCCAGCAACUUCUUGACUCCAUAUAAACCCUCUUUCAUUAGAGGCACGCUAGAGGAGCUGGAGCUGCGUGUGUCCACGCUAAGAUUGCAGCUGAAGGAAGCUGAGACGGAGUUAGUUGCCCUACAGAAAGGUAAGCAAAAGGCUUGA